ACGUGUAUGCUGAAGAGUCUUAAACUCUUCAGCUUCUUCUAUGCUCGUCCUCAUCUCUUUUUCUUCAUUUCUCUUUGCUCUGCAGUGUUUAUUUUCUUCUUCUUCUCUUCUUCUGCUUUCAUUUUCUUCUUCUUCUCUUCUUUUGCUUUGGUGCAAUAUUCCUCUUCUCCAACAUCCCCCCUCAAGUUGGAGGGGAGUGUGAGCACCUUCAACUUGCGCAGGAUCGCCCGAUGAGAAACCCCAGAAAGGGGUUUAGUGAAGAGAUCGGCGAGUUGAUCUUUGGAAGGAACAAAUGAUAGUGAAAUCAAACCAGAGUGAAACUGUUGGCGCACAAAAUGACAAUCGAGCUCAACAUGUUUGGUGCGCUCAUGGAAGACCGGGUUUCGAGCUAUAUGGAGGGCUGCUUGACUGUCUGAGUGUAGCGGAAUCGGAAGGGAAAUCGGAGCAGAAAGAUCUUCAAGAAGGCGAACUAACCAAGAGGCCCAGUCCGCAUCGCAAAAAGCCAGUAAGGAAAAUGAUGGAUCGGAAGAAAGUAGGAUGCCUUGAGCUGGAUCUGUGUUCAGGUAGCGUAAAACGCGUAAGGCAGCCGAGAAAUGGGAUAAACAGGGUGGUUGCAUGUAUUGACUCAGAGCAAGAACAGCAAAGCAUAGAUCUGGGCGAGUGUUGGUCAAAUAGUUCAACUUUCCAACCAAGCGGCGAUAAGGAGUGGGAUUAUCCAAGCGAGGACUGUCGUCUGCUCGAAGCUUGAAGGAGGGAUCCAGCGGAGAAGUGACUGAAGGCAGAUGAGAGACAUCGAAUUCAUGAAGAAGGUCCAUGGUAAACUGGCGUUGAUUUACAAUAAAACCUUGAUCUUCUCUCAAA